AUGAAUCCGAGCCAGUUCGACGGUAACGCUGCCUUCUCCGGCGGCGGUUUCACGACUACUCAGACCACUUCUGGCGGCGACUCUCCAUUCAAUCCCUCCAAGAAUCGUGAUACUCAGGCCUUGCUUCCUUUGACGAUCAAGCAGAUCAACGAUGCUUUUCAAGCAAGUGAUGAUAAAACCAAUCUGACUAUUGAUGGUGUUGACGUUGGCACAAUUUCUCUUCUUGGUAGAGUGUGCAACAAAGCUGGACAGAUCACUGAUGUUAAAUUUGUACUUGAUGAUGGUACUGGAAUGAUCGAGUGCACUAAAUGGCUUCAAGAACCUGCAGAUUCAAUUCAAGUAGAGAGUAUCUUAAAUGGAACGUAUGUGCGGGUUUAUGGACACUUGAAAGGCUUUCAGGGUAAAAAAAACUUAAAUGUUUUCUCUUUUAGGCCUGUGACUGACUUCAACGAGAUUGCCCACCAUUUCAUUCAUUGCAUAUAUGUUCAUCUAUAUAAUUCGAGAUUACGGGCUAGCAACCCCAAUCUGCAACAUGUUCCUAAUUCCACUCAAAUCACUCCCACGAGAGGUCAUCAAUCUCAAGCCUUUUCAGCAAAUCAACAGUUUUCUGGUAAUAAUGGUCAGAAGAGUGUUGAAGAAUUGGUAUUAGAUAUCUUGCAUCUUUCCACAAACAGGACAAAGAUGGGGGGAACCUCUCUUGAUGUUAUUAGACAACAUCUUGGAAUUCCCAUGGAUAAACUCAUGCUGGCUAUUACAAAUCUUGCGAAUGAAGGUACCAUUUAUGAAGGUGAACAAAAUCACUAUAAGUCAAUUGUCAACGGUUGA